CGGGACAGUUAUCCCGAAAUAACCUAGCACGCAUGUGCAGUUGACCCGGACGUAGAUUCGUUUUAGGUGCGGAGGCACCAGACACCAGGAAUGUAAACAAUACUAGAAUCAAAGCUAUUCCGAACAUACCGAAUUAUUCACGUGUCAUGUAAAGAUUUUUUAUUAUUUGUACCCUAUAUGUCAUUCUCGCAUUAAAAGGAGAAGAUAUCGUCCACUAAACUCCAGCCAGAAGAAGGAUGGACCCUCGGGGGAAGAGGCACGAGCGGGGCAGUAACUGGACUGACCAAGAAAUCGUGGAGCUUCUCCAGCUGUGGUCCGACGAGUCCGUACAGAUUGAACUGGAAAGCUCGUUGCGCAACCAGCGUGUGUUUGACCGCAUCGCGCUUAUAUUGCGCGACAAGGGUAUCUACCGCACAGGUGACCAAUGCAGGGAGAAGAUUAAGAAGAUGAAGCUGGAAUACCGUCGCACUAAAGACAACCAAAAACUGAGAUCUUGGAAAUUUUAUGACGUGAUGGAUCGUGUCUUGGCUAACCGACCAAAUAGUAUAACAUACUCCACUCUGGGUGCAACAGCUGUAGCUCAACAAGUGUUUCAGAGCCCAGGAGGACAUGACUCGUUUUUGCAGGGGAACUCCUCAUUAGGCUCAUUUGGGCCAGCUUCUGCAGGUGGGUUUCUGUUUGGUCAGCCCCCCCAGACUGGAGAGCCACUGGAUGUAAAAAGUGAGGAUGUUGAGGAAAGUCUGUUUAACACCGAUGUUGCCCGACUGGACAUGUAUUCCAGAUCAGGAGAUGAACACGAAACAGAUGGACAAGCUUUACUGGGAGCAGAGGACACACUCGAUCAAGGAGACAGUUCUGCUCAUUCAAGAAAUUCACCCACAGGUUUAACUGACCUGAAAAUGCCUGCAUCUGGUUCGAAGUCAAGCAGUGUUCCUGUACCACAUGACACAUCUAAAGAGGGCUUUCAUCCUCUAGCUGCGGUAAAACAGAGGAGGCGUCGCAAAGCAGGCAAAACCGCAUGCGGCCAUGGAAGUGGGAAGUGUGGCAGCACUGGACCCCUUGACAAAGCUCUCACCAGCUUCCUCAUGUGGCAGCAAUGUGCUGAAGAUCGCCUCAUCCGCCUGGAGGAGGCACGGCUAGAGAAGGAGUUGCAAGCUGAUGAGCGGCGACAGCAACAAGAAGAUAGAAGAGUGGAACAGGACCGUCAGCACGAGCUGCGCCUGUUCAGCAUGCUUACUGGGGCGUUAACUGCGGUUAGGCAGGGUGCUGCGACCACAGAAACAGCACCGAAUAACACCCUCGUUUCCUUGCUAGAUCAUCAGUCAGCUUUUCUGAUGACAUCAACUGCCUCCUCUGCUCCAUCCACCUCUCAGCCACUUCCUCAGUCUCCCUCUGCACACACAAUUUCCACAAAGCGGACAAUAAAGUCUGAGGUGCACCCAUCAGUCAAGGCCUGCACAACAACUGAGAGUGCUUUGGUAACUGUGAGAGGUGCAAAGUCUCCUGAGCACAGCGGGUACCUGUCUAACCGUGGUAACAGUAUUCGACAGCAUCAAGCCAUCCUCCAGGAAGGCUUUACACAGUAUGGAAGAAACAGAUAUGAUGUAGAAAACCCUGAUGGAAUCAUCAACAUGGGCACAAGCGAGAACAAGCUCUGUUAUGAUCUUCUUUUUAAAAGGUUGACUAGAUCUGACAUGCUACAUAUUGACCCAGCAUUUUUGCAGUAUGGUGACUGGAGGGGACAUGCAUUCCUAAGAGAAGAGGUUGCCAAGUUUCUUACCCACUACUGCUGUUCUCCAAAGCCAUUGAAAGCUGACAGUGUUGUGGUGAUGAAUGGAUGCAGUGCCCUCUUUUCAAGCAUUGCAGCAGUUAUUUGUGACCCCAAAGAUGCCAUUCUUAUUCCCAGCCCUUUUUAUGGUGUUAUUACUGAGGACCUGCAGCUGUAUAGUGAUGUCAAGUUGUUUCAUGUCCCUCUUGACUGUCAGAAUGAUGACAAUGAUGGUCGACUUUUUCACCUCACUAUCAGCAAACUGGAGAAAGGUUUACAAAAGGCUAAAACAGAGGGGGUGAAUAUUCAAGCUAUUAUACUGAUGAAUCCCCACAAUCCUCUUGCUGAGAUCUACACCCGAAAGGAGAUGCUUUCCUUCUUGGAGUUUGCCAAAAGAAAUGAGCUCCACGCCAUUGUAGAUGAAGUGUACAUGCUGACGGUGUUUGAUGAAUCGGUACCAUUUCACAGUGUCCUCAGUCUGGAAAGUUUGCCCGACCCUCAGAGGACACAUAUAAUGUGGGGACUGAGCAAGGACUUUGCAAUGGCUGGAAUCAGAUUAGGCACUCUGUAUACUGAGAACCAAUCCCUUGUGGAGGCUUUAGCCCAAUUGGGCUCAUUGCAUGGUGUAUCAGGGACAACUCAGCACCAGGUUGCAAAACUUCUUCAGGACAGAGAGUGGAUAAGCAAGGAGUUUUUGCCUGUGAACAGACGGCGAUUAAAAGCUGCUCAUCACUACCUGACAGAAGAGUUGCAGACAAUGGACAUUGGCUACCUGGACAGGCCUGCUACUUUGUAUGUCUGGGCUGACUUCAGGAAGUUCCUCAGCACCCCAUCAUUUGAGGAGGAGUUGUUCAUGUGGCGGUGCUUCCUCAAACACAAAGUGGUAUUGAGCUGUGGACAAGCCUUCUCCUGCUCUACACCAGGCUGGUUUCGCAUCGUAUUCGCCGACCAACAUCACCACCUCCAACUUGGACUUAAAAGAAUUAGAGAGGCGCUAAAGGAAAUCAAAGAAAGCAGUGCCAACAGGGAUUCCUUCUUUUUCAAAGAAGCCAGUGAGGAAGUUAAGAGUCCAGAAGAAGAGGACAGUACAAUUUCAGACAAUGCCACUAUGGAAAAAUCAACAACAUCCCCACAAAGCAAGUCAUCUGACCAACUGAAAGAGAACGCAAGUUCUGUUCUUGUCACAAGCUCACAGGCCCCUGAUGAGUUUGUGUUGUUGGACUGCCAAGCUUCUAAGCCUGCAGAGAGCCUAGGCUCUCUUAUUGGUACACUUAAGCAUCAAAUCCGCUCCUCUGAUUGGCUGGAAAAGAACACGCCAAAGCGGUCUGCAGGGGAGGACCCAGAGAUUCUUGAUGUGUUUAAAGCUCUGUUGGAACGAGCCAGAAACUAAAAACUCAACAUUACUGACUACGUACCCGACAGGAGGCGGUUGAUUUUUGGCAGUCCCUUUUUGGAAGUUCUGUGGACAUUGAACCGAUAAUAACGGGGCUGUUCUGGUUGUCUUAGAAGACAAUUCAUGCAUCAAGGUAUAGUUAGGACAGCACUGACAUGCAUUUGGGUGUGGUAACCCUCCUAUUCAUGCUCCAGGUCACAGGUGGACCCCAAACCAUGUGUUAUCUUUCUUAUGCAAUGCAACCAACAGUUGCAACACCACAUCCAGUUUAGUGCUUUAUCAAGUACACUCUUCCAUGAACGAAUGAAAUCUGUUCGAAUGAGAGGCAGAAGGUCUUUUAAGACAGCCAGAACAGCUGCAAUUGAUUGAAUGCCCAGAGGAUGUAAUGAACUGAAUAAAUGAGAAGAUUUUUUUGUUGCUGAGAGUGGGAUGGGAAGAACAGGACUGUUUUGAGACAAGACCUUUUGUCUGCAUUGAUGCCCUAUUGUUUAGUAUUGAAUAGACACAAAUUUCUGAUUUGUAAUUUGUGAUAUUUGUAUGUUACAGUGUAUAUUUUGAGUUUUUUUUGCGGGGGGGAUAAAUUAACUCAAUUAUAUAAGCUGCACACAGACUACAUUUCAUUGUUUCAAAGUGUAAUUUUGUCAGUGUUGUCCCAUUAAAAGAUAUACUUCAAUAUCUGCAGAAAUUCGAGGAGUGUACUCACUUUUGUGAUACACUGUAAAUAUAAUGUCAAAUGCAUUUAUACCAACACUACUCAUCCAAAUUGUACAAUGUACUUAAAAAGCAAUUUUCUUUUAGUUUUCUUUAUUAAACACUUUGUUUUACAAUGUACAAGAAUAAACUAUAAUAAUGUUUGCUUUCAAUAGAAUGUUUGUAUUCUAUUGAUUAUAAUUUAAUGUAGAUGAGCCAAAAGAUAAAGGAUUUCCUUAUUAAAUCAGUUUUUCAAAUAUAGACUCAGGAGCUGCACAAUAGCGAUGUUAUGUACAGUCAUUUUGAGACACCUGCCAUCAACAAUCAAGGACAAUAUACACAUUUAUCCCUAAGGUCUUUACAUAUGUGCAUAAAACUGUUUGAACGACUCAUUCAGAUCACUGAUGCAAGACUACGGGGCCUGGCUCACAAUUUCUGUUUGAUAAGAUUUAGGCUAGGGCUCUUGGAUUCUUCAAGUCUGAACUCAUCUAAGCGUGAGCGGACGUUGCUUUAUGGCACAGUCAUGCUCGAACAGAAAUAGACAUUUCUCAAACCUUUUACACAACUGCGGAAGCAAGGAUUGUCAAAAUGACUACUAAAUCAUUUCUUUUCAGCUUGCUCUGUUAGGUCUCCCCAACAGCAAACCUUUUGCAUCCUUCUCUCUAUCCUCACUACAUCCACUCUGUAUAUUUUUCUCGUCGGUCAGAAAGCUCCAUGAAGACAUCUUUAAAAAAAUAAACACCCUUCACUUACCGGUAUUUCAGAUAUGAUGUCUACUUGACUUUUUAUUGACGGCAAUGUGUGACUUUUAAACCUUGUACAUCCUCAGCCAGGGCCAUUUAUCAUUCACCUUUGUCUCACUUAUCUGGGGAAGAACCGCGCACAGCAUUAUUCCAAUGUUCAUUGUUAUUGUACUCCGCCGUUAAUAAUUACUCCAUGCGUAUGCCACAAUGU